CGAUGAAUUUAGAUCCACGAGGUACAGUCUAGCCCCUAGCAGUAUGUCUUGUCUCAGGCCGCAAGUAGAUGGCGUCUGACUACACUACAACACAACCAAUACAGCGAGAUAGCUGAGUCACAGAACUAGGUAGGCUACUGUGGAAAAAGCAACAGUACAGAAACGGGUGUGAACACGGUUAUAGAAGCACCUGGCAAUUAUCGGGAAUCGUCUUGAAGAUGUUGUCCAUAACGUUGAAGACUCUUCAGCAGCAAACGUUUAAAAUCGAAAUAGAUCCAGAACUAACCGUAAAAGCCCUGAAGGAGAAGAUUGAGGUUGAGAAAGGGAAGGUUGGCUAUCCAGCCGCAGGGCAAAAGCUCAUCUAUGCAGGCAAAAUCUUGAAUGAUGACAUACCUUUAAAAGACUACAAAAUUGAUGAGAAAAACUUUGUGGUUGUCAUGGUUACAAAGCCCAAACCUCCAGCUCCUCCACAGAUUUCUCCUCAGGCAACCCCAGCCCCAGCCUCUAGCCCUGCUCCCGCCCCUGCGCCUCCUGUUGUUUCUGGGCUGUCCCUGUCAGACAUUACCUGUUCUACUUCUCCUGCCCCCAUGGAGAACUCAACCCUCUCCCCUACACCCACACCCGCCCCUGCCUCAAACCCCACAAAAUCAGUGGAGCCCUCCACACCCCUAUCCCCUGUACCAGCCCCUGCUUCUAUUCCCCUUGAAGCUCUGGGGGCCAAUGCAGCCCCAGCUCCUGCCGCAGCAGCAUGCUCUGUCCCUGUCUCACCCUCAGAGGACAAGCCUCACGGGGAGCACCCCGAACUGCCCCUCGCCACUACGCCAGCCCUCUCCUCCUCUAGCCUUGUUGAUGACUUAAGUCUCUUGGAAGAAGCAGCAUCGAUACUGGUGACAGGACAAGCGUAUGAGAAUCUGGUGUCUGAAAUCAUGUCUAUGGGAUAUGAAAGGGAGCAGGUUAUUGCAGCACUGCGAGCCAGUUACAACAACCCAGACAGAGCCGUGGAGUACCUGCUAAUGGGGAUUCCGUCCGAGGCUGAUCUUCAGCCAGUGGAAGCGCUCCAACACAGAGUUCUGGCCAACCUCAAUCCCACUGCCCCAGUUCCUGCCCCAGCCUCUGCUCCAGCCUCUGCUCCAUCCUCUGCUCCAGCUUCUGAUCCAGCCACAGAUAUAGUCCAGCCCCCACCAGCAGCCACCAGCGCAGUGUCUUCAACCCAGCAGCCCCCCUCGUCUGGUGGGCUGACUGGUGGGCUACCUGGUGGGCUUACUGGUGGGCUUACUGGUGGAGGUACUGGGGGUGGGAACCCUCUGGAGUUCCUGAGGAACCAGCCACAAUUCCAGCAGAUGAGACAGAUCAUCCAGCAGAACCCAACUCUUCUUCCUGCCCUGCUCCAGCAGCUGGGCAGAGAUAACCCCCAGUUGCUGCAGCAAAUUACCCAGCACCAGGAGAGGUUUGUGCAGAUGCUGAAUGAGCCUCAAGGAGGAGAGAUGGUAGAGGAGGGAGCUGAGGCCCAGGGGGCGCCACAGACUAACUACAUCCAGGUCACCCCACAAGAGAAGGAGGCCAUCGAGAGGUUGAAAGCCUUGGGAUUUCCAGAGGGACUUGUCAUUCAAGCAUAUUUUGCAUGUGAGAAGAACGAGAAUCUAGCUGCCAAUUUUCUGCUCCAACAAACAUUUGAUGACGAGUGAACGUGCCUGCCUUGGCAUGAAGGGGAAGAAUGGAGGGCUAGUGAAUGAGUAAUAGUGCUCCAGAAUGUGCUUUUGAAGGAAGGAGUGGAAAAAGUUACCCAAAGUGACAGGUCUUCCCGGAUGCUUUUCAUUGGACAAAGACGUGAUGUGUUGUUACUGUCAGCUAGGCCUUCUCCAUUCUGAGUGUUAUAUCUCCAUGGUCUCUCUCUCUCUCUCUCUCUCUCUCUCUCUCUCUCUCUCUCUCUCUCUCUCUCUCUCUCUCACUGCUGCUAUACCUGCUCCUUGUGCCGUGUCCAUCUAUAGAGUUACAGUGGGCAGCUUGCCCUCACCAUAUAUUGCUUUUCAACCCCUCGCAAAUAAAACCCCAAGCAUACAUUAGCUGGUUGAUUCAUAUUUGUUAUGUAAACCUCAUCUCCUGGGAAAAUAUACUUGAGUGUCCUGUGAUAAAAUGACAAAACCAGCAAAAUGGCCACGGAACUCAAAUGUGUUGUUUGUUUUCUAGGCCGAGGCUGCGAAUCCGACAUUUCUCGACCCUCCGUUCUGACAGCUAAAGGUCCCGAAGCUUCUGCGCAUGUGUGUGAUUCUCUACUCUACUCACAGUCUCUGCUCUUCUAAUACAGACCCCCCCCCCUUCACCUUUCUCACUGUCCAUCGUGAAUGAUAAUUCUUUCAUUUUUACAGGUGAAAUGCCCAUGCAGAAUCUGCAUACCAACCUUGUGAUCUCAAUCAGUUUCAUGGGGAUAUGCAUUUAGAUCUUCUUAUACCGCGUUGUUUAGAAAUAGCCUACAGUGUUGUUUAGAAUUAUGUACAGUGAUUGAAUUUUAGAGCAGACGGUACUUAGUUUCAAUCAAAGCAAAUAUUAUGCCUAGUAGAGCACACUUGUGUUUUGGCCACAUGAGAGAAAAAUCCGACCCUUCACACAAUCAUCUUAAAAUCUCAUACGGAAUUAGUUUUUUUUUUGUCUUACAGUAACGUUAUACUAUGCUAUUAUAUUUGGUCCUGUUAUGUUGAACACUAUCAUUAUGUGAUGUUGCAGACAUUGAUUCAGCUUUGAUCUAACUUUAGUAAUAAAGCCCCGUUCGUUCACCAGAGCAGAGAGUAGCCUGUUCUCUAUGAGUAGAGCGGAGACUGUACGUAAAGUAGAGAAUUCCGCACAUAUGCAGAAGCUUCGGGACCUUUAGUUGUUGGGUAGAGGGGUCCAGAAUCCGCAGCCACUCCGUUGUUUUAUUAUUUGUCUCCACAACGCUUCUUAUUUCUCUCAGCUGAUCAUUACUGUCCAACCUUUCCAAUAUGUUUGGGAUAUUUUGCCAAUGAAGUGUCCUAUUAAUGUUGGAGAGUUGCUUUGUCACUUUAUUUGACUGUUACAAAGGGAACAUUUCUUUGUAGAAGAGAAGGAUGUUCUGUGAUGGAUGUGUCAUCGUAUUAAAAUAUUAUAACACUGUAAAAUGAGACAUGGUAGAUGGUAGGGAAUACUGGAUUUGGUUCCAGAUGUGCCCCAGUGUAGUUUCACUGUAAGGUACCAAAUGAUUUUACAAAAGGAAGUUUUAGCCACAUAGUUUUUUUUCUCUUUUUUUUUCGAUAUCAUUGCUCAACAGUUGAAGGCUAGUUGAAGCUGAAAGUCAAUUGAGCCAUGUCCUUAAUAUUUUUUUAGAAUCACUUUAAGCAUAUAACAAGAUUCUGCUCUCUCUGGACACUGUUUUUGUGUGUGUUUUGAUUGCCCCUGAUCCUUAAUGUAUUAUAUCAAAAGAAAUCAUGCUGCAAGUUUAUUAACCAUGUAAUUGCUCUCUCAUGCCUCGUGGUUUGUCUCAUUUUGUUGAAGAGUAAUUGUUUGUUUGUGCAAAGUCAUGUACAGCUUUCAAAGGUCUAUCGUUAGUCGAUAUGUAUUUUUGUUUUUGCAAAGAUGAGUGCUAUAGGAUUUACGUUGCCUAUCAAAAGUAAACACCCAUCUCAUAAAAGGUGCUAGAAUGAAGGUAAGUUCUGGAAGUCCUAUAAGCCAAAAGAAAACAAGUAAACAUCCCACAAAACUGGCCUUGGCUUUUCAUUUUUCUCUUGUGUGUAGAUGGGAAAGAUUGACCCAGCAGAGUUUCUGACUGUACAUGGAGUUGAUUUAUGCUUUUGCAAAAGGAAGCACUUUAAUGUGAAGGCUGUUGCUCUGAGAUAUGUACGGUUGGUUAAUUGCAUGAGUGUAUAACAGAGGCUCUAGCUGAGCUAUGGCAUGCUGUGGAACCACAGGAGUGAUGAUUUCAGCAUCUAAGUUUUAGUUUUUUAGUUUAGUUUUGUUUUCUUUGAAACUACAAUAAAGCAAAAGGGUUUUAGACUUAAAUGCACCACUUGAAGGUUUAUUUAAGGUUAUUAUUUCAGCGUUAUGUCAAAUAAAUAGCUUUUUACAGAG